AUGCUGUGCGAAGUUUUUAAGGUCAACUCUUCUGAUCCCAAACAUGCUCACUUAUGGAAGGUCCUUAUUUACAACAGUGGCAAUGGGUUAGAAUAUCACCCAGGAUACCACUUUGGUCCAAGACAAAAAUAUUCACCAGUGGUGAUAUAUGAAGGUCCUCCACUUCUUAUCAAUGAAAACUGGAUUGAGGCCGCAUUGGAUUUUGGCUAUUAUGGAGAGUUUAUCAACGAUUUUUAUCCCAAACUUUUGAGCGAUUUCGAUCGGUCCAAUGCAACAUAUGACGUUUUUAUCGAUCCCAAAAGAACCGGAAAAUGUGCUUUUUCCUCGUAUCACGCAUAUUUUACAUUUAAGCUCGGUGAGAGCGCAUACAAAAAGAUUUUUUCACUUGCAUCGUUAAGUGGCCUGCAGCAUUUUGCAUCUGCGAGCUUUUCGCAUAUUAUUUCAAAAUCAUAUCUCUCCAAGCAUGCGCUUUUCUUAGCUUUCCCAUCGAUUUUACUUCCUUUUUACCAAGUUAUCUACCAAAUAGUUAACGUGUUUCCUUUUAAGUUUGUGGCUACGCUGAUAGUUUUAAUCCAAAAUUAUUUAACUGAAUGGGCGAUAAGGUUUUUGGAGUUGAUUCCAUUUAUAUCAAAGGAAACACGCGAAAGCAUGGGAAGCGUUAGCCAACACGCAUUGGCAUCUUAUACCAAUGCUUUGAACAAGAUAGGAAAGUUUCACUUUUUGAGAUGGAAUGUUGAUCUGGUUGAUAAAAUGUUUACAUAUGUGGCUGAAAUUGGAAAUGGUGUCUUUGGAACAAAAGAACAUGUCUUUUUUGAGGAUCUGAAAGUAGCUUAUGAUCAAUUCCAAAUUUUCAAGAAAAAAAAUCGUUUCAACGCUGUUCCUGCACAUAUAGCAGAUAAUAGGGGCAUAAGAGCCUCUUUUUCUGCUCCCUAUUGGAAGCCUUUUUUGCUUGGGUCUCACGACAAAUUAUCUGCUAAUGAUACGUUUUACUGUGAGCUUCCAAAUUUCGAGUAUGCAGACGGUGUUUAUGAUCGUGGGAAUUUCACCGAAUUUUCAAACUCAAUUUUGCGUUUUUUGAACAACGAAAUCGCUUAUCAGCCUUGCUUCAUGGGCAAAGAGAUCCCUUUAAUUUCAUAUCUGGAUUCGCUGACAUUUCGCGUCAUGCCAAUGCUAGAAAAUUUCGGGGCAGCUGAUGUCGAAAAAAUGGGCCUUCUUUAUCUGUUUUUCACCAAAGUACUGAAUUUAUUGGACUAUAAAAACGAUGCGUUUAUGUACCAAAAGGCUCUAAUUUUAGUCGAGAUUUUCAAAACCUACAAAGAAAUAUACACUCGCCACCUAAAGAUCUCCUUGAAUAACGAUGAGAAUAAGUUUAGGCUUCUUAAUGAUUCGUUUUUUGGAAAGUUAUCGCCAUUUUUUUCGUAUUUUAAUCACCUUGAUGUUCUCGGAAGAAAAUUACCAAGCUAUGUUGAACCUAUUAAUUUUCGUGCUCGUGAUAGUGAACUUACAUCUAAAUUGGUCGCUAUAUUGUUUAAAGAUAAUAGCUACCCUCUGAGUUUAUCUCAAAUGAAAAAAUUUUUCAACACGAAUCUGAUGGAUUACUGGAUAAACGAUGAUUCUGAUCCUGAUCCACAUCACACUGAAAGGGUAAAACAUAUCUUAACAGUAAUUUUGAACCCUCUUGACCUUGAAAACCCUAACCAAGGUGUGCUUCCCAAAAGCUGCUUACUUGACCGACAUUAUUACAAUCUUUUACACAUGGUUUACGAAAUAUCAGAUCAUAGUGUCCAUUCACGUGUUUUUUCACCAACAGGCUCAUUUUAUUUUAAAAAUUACAUUUAUACCAAAUGGAAUUUGUAUCUAAAAACAGAUUGGUACAAUAAUGCUAUCGAAAUUGCAUCACUAGCGUUGAAAGAAAAAAGACCGCUGGGCUUGAUGAAUUGGGGUCACAGAUUUUCGUCUGUUUUUUAUUUCUUAACUUAUCUCCAAGAAGAUUCUGCCUUUCUUUUAUGUGACGCAGGAAUGGAAAUCAUUUAUAAUUUCAUUCUCAGACCAUCGACAUAUACCGAUGAUGACUCGAAAAAGGCUCUACCUCUAGCUACCAAAUAUUUUUUGUCUCGGAAGGAGAAAAUACUUGGAGAAGUUUUUAUAAAUGGCGACGACACGGAACUGUUUAAGCUUUUGGCAAAUUACCAGAUCAUCCUCAAUCGCUUGAUGUCGAUUCAGAAAAGAAAUCUCGAUAUUAGCGAUCUUGAGCAUGUUUUCUUGGGCGAAUAUCAGCCGAUUUUCGCCUUUCUCAAGCUUAAUACGCUGAUACUUGGGGAAAAGCUUUCCGAGUUGCCGAAUAGCCAUAACUUCUAUUUGUCGGUGAUAUCGAAUUUUGAGCUCAUAAAGUCGUUUUUUUGCAAGGAAGAAAUUCA